CGCUCUGGGAUAUCCCAGCCAAACUGUGGACGUGCAGCAGGCCCUGGUCCAUUCUAGAAGAACCGUCAUAUUUGCAAAACAGUCCAGAUGCAGCUUUACCACUGCGACCGAGGAGCGAGAAGCCUAACUGCGACGCUGGCCGCAUCUCUCGAGGGGUAGACUGCCUGCGAACUUUGGUACCUGACACCCCGGACCCUGCGCCAUCACCAAGAAAAGUUGCCUACACUUCACUUCACUUCCACGAGCAAGCCGCGCAUUCUGUUUGCAACACCGUAGCUAUCUAUGGCCUCGUCCGACGCCUCGACCGACAUGUUCGCCCCUCCCAUCAACCGCGCCAUGAAGGUGCUGGACCGCAGCUUCUUCCAAAAAACUAUCCCCACCUCGGCCGCCCGCAUCUUCAACUCCAAAGACAUAUCGCGAUGCCGCAAAGAGCUUACAGCAAGCCGGGAGACGCUACAGAACAGCCGACUCGAUCCUGUCAGGCCGGAUACAGAUCAAGAGCGAGCGCAGAAGGGUGGGAAAUGCCUGCUACUGCGACCAGAGGUCGUCCACAACGACCGCACAACAUGGUCCCCUAAGCUGCGCGACCUCGAGCAGGAUGGCACGUUAGGCGUCAUACCUUUCCAACUAAACCUUGACUACGAUUACUUCUCCUACUCUGAGAUCACCUCCGCCAUCAUCCCCGCACCCGAGAAGAAAUCCGACGAUGAGAUACCCCAAGGUUUUGCCCUCGCCGGUCACGUCGCACACCUGAAUCUCCGCGAACGAUACUGGCCAUACAAACACCUCAUUGCCACGGUCCUUGCUGACAAGAACCCCAUGGUUAAGACAGUGAUAAAUAAGCUGGACAACGUGGGCACUGAGAAUGCCUUCCGCACGUUUCAGUACGAAGUGCUAUAUGGAGAGGAUAAUAUGGAUGUUGAACUGCGCGAGCAAGGCUGCAUAUUCAAGUUCGACUUCGCCAAGGUGUACUGGAAUACGAGGCUGCACACCGAGCAUGAGCGGCUGUGCAUUCUAUUCAAAGAGGGCGAGGCCGUGUGUGAUGUCAUGGCCGGCGUGGGGCCCUUCGCUGUGCCAGGUGGGAAAAAGAAGUGUUUCGUCUGGGCAAACGACCUGAAUCCGGAGAGCUACAAGAGCUUGGUCGAUAACAUUAGGAUCAACAAGGUUGGGGACUUUGUGAGAAGCUGGAACAUGGAUGGCGGUGACUUCAUCAAGAAAGCUUCAGCAGAUCUGCUCAAGAGCGAGCAUCAAGUCGCCAUCUACCCCAAAACCAAGUUUUCAAGAUCCGCGCCGGAGAAUGUUAGGAAACCUGAGCCGAUAAAGACACUGGUGCAACCACGCAUCUUCGCACACUAUGUUAUGAACCUCCCCGCGAGCGCAAUAACAUUCCUCCCUUCCUUCAUCGGCCUGUACUCUUCCUCCAACCCUCACCUACCCUCGAACAUCUCCAUCGAUGAGAUCAAACAGCUCGUCACAAAACAAGGGUUGCCAAUGGUGCAUGCACACUGCUUCAGCACAAAGAGCGACGAUAACGUCGCUGAGACCAAAGAGAUUUGUGAGGAGAUCAGCCGACAAUUAGGCUAUGAGAUUACGCCGGAAACACCUGAGGUGCAUAUUUAUGAUGUCAGGGACGUGGCGCCCAAGAAGAGGAUGUUCUGCGCGACUUUCCGGUUACCUGAGGAGGUUGCGUUCAGGGAGAUUUGA